CCUAUUAAUAGGCCUUGAGUCCUUGACAACGAGAUUCAGCCUUCGUUAAAAUAGUAAACGAUCACGGCUGAUCAUUGACAAGACAACAAAACCACUAAUUCUAAAUGGUUAGGUUUUUAAUUUCCUUAAAAAGUAUGCGUUUUAUUUAUUUUUUAAUCUACGCAAAUAAUAGUAAUAGUAAUGAUAAAUCGGCUCCAGGUUAAUCACACGUCUAAUCGUGUAGUCUACACUACAGGUCUACAGUGUAGUCUCUACUGUAGUUGUAGUAAUACACUACCUUUAAAAUUAAAACGGAGAAGUAGAAGGCAAAGUAGCCACACUGACUAUGAUUUUUGAUAGUGCCACACUGACUAUGAUUUUUGAUAGUAUGCAUGCAUAACUCAGUACCUGAGAAAAUUGUAAAUAUAAGGUACCUUAUGACUUAUGAAUUUUUCACCCCCGGUAUCACAUUUUACAAUACACGUGACAUGUUGAUGUAGCCUGCAUACAUAAAUAGUAAAUAACAUUAAGUUAUAUAAUUAUAAUAUUAAUAUAUAAUACAUGCAUUGAUAAAUUUAGUCUGUUUUCUAAGUAAGUUUAAGAAAAAGAAAACUCUUAGAUUCAAACCGGGAGAUCGAGUCAGGGAUUUUUUAUUUUUGAAUCCAUAGUCAAUGAUAGUGGGCUUUAUUUAUUUAUUACAUUUCCCAAAUCUAAAAUCUUUUCAACAUUCUACCUCUAUUAACUGAAAUCUGAAAGGUUAAGAAUUCCUGGAAUUGGAGAUGAUUCAAUCCCUUGGCCCUUAUUUAUGAAAUUUAUAGCCUUUAUGACAAUCUGCUGCUUACCAUUACCAUAAAUCUUUUUGGGUAGCUAUGCAAUUAUGUUUCAUCAUUUUGGGAGGCAAUUGUACUGUUUUCGAUUAAUUUUAUAAGUCAAUCUUCUUUUAAACUUGACAUAUCAUCAGCGGGGAACCACUUCUAUUAAUUUUAUAAGUCUAUCUUCUUUACCUAUCAGCCUAUCAUCACUGGGGUACCAUCAGUAAAUAAACCAGAUAGCCUAUAUUCACAAUCAACAAAGAAAUUGGUUCUACAGUAUUAAAUUAAGUCCUUAAAAUGUUCAAGACAUUGGCGCUAUAGAAACUAGUUCUAAUUAGUGUGUCUUACCGGGUAUGACAGUAGGGCACCAUGGGAAUAUCCUUUUGCCUCCCCAGGUAUACAUAGGACUAGGACUUGUAAAGGUUAAUGUUAUUUUUAGCUGCAGUCUCAUUAAGUUUAAGUUUAAGAAUUUUUUGUUUGGGCCACAUCCAUAACUGUCUUGGGCAGCAUGCUGGCCACAGUUGGACACCCCUGCCAUAACAGUAAUGAUAUGAAGAGGAGAUUAUAGCCCUCAGUUUGAUUAUGACUGCUGUCUCAAAAUUUUAAAAAAUUAAAUAUAAUUGCAAAUGAAGCUAUUGUUUUAGAACCAUAGCAAGUAGGCCUAAUGAUAGAUACCCACAAAUUAUAAUAAUUUUUUUUUUGUUGGGAGCAAAAUGGUAACCUUUCCAAUUAUAUAAUGAUCAUUCAUUUAAAAUCACAUUGUAAAUAUCAAUUUAAAAAGUUUUUAAAAAACAUUUAUGCUAGAUUAUACUCUGUGCUAAAAAUCCAGAGGGUAGUAAACAUAUCUCCCCAUUCUUUACAGGAUGCUUGUGACAUCCAUAAAUGGCAUCACACAUAGUAGGGAGGUGGGGGAGGGUCACACAUUUAUAAGUAAUAUAAGGAUGUGGUCAAUUGUGUGACAAACUUGUGAAGAUGGAUGGGGGUAGUCCAUAAUCUUCAAAAAUAGCAUGACAUCAUUUAUAGGUGACCCCAUAGGUCAUUAAAUCGAGGAUCUUUCUUCAUUUUGCUCAUCUCAUUCUGUCACUCUUUCAUUACUCUCCAAUAGCUCCAUAAGGAAAACAGAUAGUUAAAUGUCUUUUAUCUAAUGUGAUGACAGACAUUUUGAGUGGACAAUAGUUGGAUCCUCUGUCAUCAAUCAUAAGUCCCUUCAUUUAUAUUCUGAAAAUAUGGAAAGAAUGCUAUCCAAACUUUAUUCAUCAUGAGAUUUAAGAGCUAUUAGUAUAUUAAUUUGUUUUAAAUUUAAAAUAGUUUUUCCUAUAUAAUACACCACUUAAAAAAUGGUCAUUUUAAUACCAAGAUUUAUAAAGAGUUUGAACAUUCUUAUAACUUAAAUUUCCAAGGAUUCACCAAUAACAAACUAUGGCAGUCCACCACCAUAUCAUCCUUGUGUUUUGAAGCAGUGGGUAAAGAAGGUUAUCAGCUUUUCCUCUCAAUACAACAACACAGGGUUUGUAUAUAUUUAGCAAAUUAUCUUUUUUUAUAUACAUGUAAACCACUUCUAAAUAAUAAUCACUCUUCUCUUUUCCAUUUGUAAAUAUUUUUGACAUUGCAAAAUAUAAUUAAAAUAAUAGAAUAUGCAGUGCAUAGGCAUUGGGGAAAAGUAUUUACAUGUAUUCACAUCUUUUCCCUUAUUCUCUGCUUUACAUUAUUUAUUAAAAUUUGUUGUUUUUCACUUGGACUUUGGUUUUUUAAUUGCAAUUCUUUAAAAAUGUGAAUGUAUUCAUGGUAAGAAUAGUAGUUUUGCAUACCAGAAUUUAUAUGAUAAAUGCUUUCUAAAUAUACAUAUAUAUAUAUCAUAUGAUUGGCUACUAGACUUGUCCCUACUGUCGUGGUUCAGUAUUUUAUUUUGGCUAAUGGUUACCAUGAAAAGAUAAUGGGGGAGGGAUGGGUGUGUGUGUGGCCUCAAUCAAGCUGUAAACAAAAGAAAUAUUAUUGUUGGUUUUACUCUUUUCACUAUUCUCAUAUGGACAUUAUGUCUGUUGAGAACAAUAAUCUACUACGGUACUAUUAAGUACUAUUCAUGCUAUUUUAUGUAACAGGGCAUUCAAUGACUGAGCCCCAUGAUGUACAUAAACCUAGAUAGGUAGGGAUCUGUUGGUGGAAAUAUAAAAAAAUAUUAUAAUUAUAUUUCUCUACUAACUUUAGCUUUUUAAUUGUAUUCUCUCACCCUUAUUGGUUGAUCAUGAAUGAUGCAAGGCAUUGCAGCCUUAAAUAUUUUUACAACCAACAAAUAAACCAUACAACAUUUUUUUUCAGGUGGAGUGCUGAUCAGGUUGUAGGUUCACCUAAAGUGUAUCCUGAACAUGGAGAUCUUAAUGGUGCUUGGGCUUCUGGAUCUAUUGAUAAGCACCAGUUUAUUGAGGUCUUAAGAUAUGCAGAAAUUAUUUAUUUUUUAAAAAUUGUUUUGUUCAAAGGAAUGAUUAUUUAAUGAAUUAUUUAAAAUUGUUCAAGUUCAAUAAAUUUUCUUUGCCAUUCCAAAUUUUUAUAUCAUCAGCUUGAAUUUGAACAUCCAGUUACACCCUCUGCCAUUAACAUAUAUGAGACUUAUAAUCCUGGUGGUGUUAUUGCCAUAAAAGUACUGAACCUGUACAACAAGUGGGAGUUACUAUGGCAGACUCAUACUCCAGAAGUAUUGUCUUCUAGUCGAAUAUUUUCUCCACCUCUUAAGGUAGGCUAUUAAUUUGAUUUUCAAAUAUCCCCUUUGUAAAUAUUCCUCACGCUCUUGGGAGCCUCUCAAAAUAUUUGGCAAAAUUGUUAAAGUUUUUGUAAGUUUUGAAAUCGUUGUAAAGUAUGGUACAAAAUAACAAAAAUUGUGAAUCCAUUAAGUGUGUGAUUAACAUAUCUUUCCAAAUUUAUUAGAAUUAAGUGAUCCUAAUUAAAGCUAAAAUAAGCAACUACUGGUACAUAUACAUUUUUAAAAACUGAUUAAACUCCCAAAGUGUAUCCUAAGAAAAACUUUUUAAAAAUAUUCCAAAUUUAAUAUCUGCAAGAAAACAAUGACCUAGAUAAUAAAUUUGCCUUGGCUUUAAGAGUAACUGGACAAUUACUAUAAAUACCUUUUUAUGUUGCCAUAUAAUUUUUCUCUUUAUUUAAAGCUUAUUUUUCAUAUACCGGUAUUCAAUCUUAUUUUAUAUACCGGUACCAGUAAUUAGUUAGAGAAAAAUGAUAUGUUAAGAUUUGGUGAUUAAUUAAUUGUAAACAUAUCAUCAUAUUGAUCAGGAAGUAAUAUUCUCUACAAAUCGAAUACGGCUUGAUGUUGACUGUACAGCUGCAAAUAGUUGGUGUGAAAUAGAUGCUGUUGAGCUGGUUGGUUUACAGCAGGGAGCUGGUAAGUCUACAUUGAUUCUUGAAUAUGAAAACUAAAUAUCCCAAUAAAAAUCUCAGAAAUCUUUGUCAAAAUUAAAAGUUUUUUAUCAGUGGAUCUAGUUACAGGUACCGGUAUAUUACAUUUGUUGGUAUAGUUCAGCUGUUUCAAAACCUUUUCACUUAUCUAUGCAAUAGAAUUGUUAUUAAAUUUCAGCAGCAGUUUAAAUAUAAAUAUAUAAACAAGCGGAGCCAUUAUUAUAUUAAUAUUAUAUUAUAUGGAUGAUAUUUUUUCUAACUUUUUGAAAAAAUGUCCACAAAUGACAAAUGCAAUUUUAUUCAUUGAUAUAAAAUCUUGAAAACUUGUCUACAGACUUGAAAAUGGUUGGUCAAGCUUAUUUAAAUAGAACAAAAGACUAAAACUUUUUCUAACUACAUACAAAAUUACUGAAAGACAUUCAAGGGAGAGAGCAGUGAUGAAAUUUUUUUCUAAUAUUUAUAUUGAAUACCGGUACCGUACAUAAUUUUCAUCUUUCUUUGCACUUAUACUUUAAGUCAAUUCCUCAUAAUUAAUCAAAUUGCUCACAUGGAUAUCAGCCUAUUUCUUUGUUUUUUCAGUAGCACCUGUUGAUGAUGUGGCAUUUAUUGAAGAAAUGAAAAGUUUAAUAAAUAAUACAGACUUUAGUGAUGUUAAAUUGCUGAUUAACAAUGAACCUUUGCAUGCACACAGAGGAAUCCUGGCAGCUCGAUCAUCUUUUUUCAAAAAUUUGUUUAGGUCUAACCAGGGAAGCACUGUAAGUUAUUUGUGGUUUAAAUUCAUCCGAAAGUUCACAUUAAAUUCUUGUUUUUAAAUGUUUAGAUUGAAGCAUGAAAACUGUUAUCAUUCUAUAUUUUUCUGAUUAUGAUUUUUGAAGAAUUUAUCUAAAAAUGAAAUCAGACUCAAUCAUCCUUAAAUUUAAAAUUCAUGCUGAAAUAUACCGUAUUAUGAUUACGUGGUACCGGUACAAAAAAUAUUUUGGACUAAAAUUAUUUUUAACUACUUCUUGUUGCUAAAUUAAUACUAACAAUAUGUACCGGUAUAAAUAAAACAAUAUAGGUUAAGCUUUAAUACCGGUAAUGAUUAUACAGAAUACAUAUUCAAACAUUUCGGCAAAUGCCUUCAUCAGCAAGAACGAAAAUUCAUAUCAUAUAAGUAUCAGUAUAAAUCAAAUUAACAUUAUAAUAUGACUAUUCCAUGAUGGUAUGCAGGCUAGAGUUCGGGAUAAUGGAGAGACGUCUAAACCAUUCACUGUAACAAACGGUGUGAAACAAGGCUGUGUACUUGACCAGUAAAAUAUUAAAAUUAAUGUAUUGUCAAGUUAAAAGACCUAGCGAAAAAGAUUUGUUGUUUUUCUUCUUUCCCUUGUAUUAUUUGCAGUUGGAUCUGGAGCUGUCUAUAUCCUAUGAAGAGCUUUUUGCUGUCAUGACAUUCAUAUACACUAAUCGUGUACCCCAGGACUGCCCAUAUCAUACCCUAAUUACUCUUUAUGAAGGUAUUAAUGACAUAAAUAUCUAUCCUACAGAUAUAUUUUGGACACAAUUUAUAUUUUAGAACAGCAGACAACUUUUCUUAUUUCAAUCCUAUUAUUUAACUAAAGAUUAGUCAUUAAAUGCACUGCUUCUAUCAGGAACAUAUAAUUUACAAAAAAAUUUUGUCCAGAACUAAAUUUAAAUGUCAGUGAAAUUGCUAGCUAAAUGCAACAAUAAAAAAGGCACAAAAAUAUACGGUACAACUUAAAAACUCUAAUAAAUGAUAACUCAAAUCCUUUACUUCCUUUCUAUUCAUAGCCUUCAUCGUGAUUUUAUUGUACAUUUGAUGAAUAUAAAUUAAUAAUAUAGGCUAUUAUUAACUUAAAAUACUUUAGGCAAACUUUAAAAAAAAAAUAGAUGGCAAUGAAAAGUACAUAUUGAGAAUAAAAAAUUUCAUUCAUUUCAGUUUCUUCAGUUUUUGAGCUUCCUGAGUUGAAAACAGCUGCAAUGCAUCGCAUUAUUUCACUAUUAAAUUGUGAAAAUGUUAUCGAUGUCUUUCUAAGAGUAAAAGAUAACGAAAAGCAAGGUAUAAUUUUUUUUAAGUAUGGUACUAUCGUGCAAUAAGUAUUUAUACAAAUUUAAAGAUUUAAUAAUUUUAUUUCUGCAUUUUCGGGAAAACAUUAUUUAUUAGUUACUAUAGACUUUCUUUGUGGGCACCAUGAGCAUUCAUUAAUAAUUUCCCCAAAGAAUACUUAUUUGCUAUCAAUUUUGUUAUAUGAAGUUCAUGCCUGCUUUGAGAAUGUACAGGUAGGACCCCAUCCUAGAUUUCAUGUUUUCAAUAGAAAAAUUUAGGUUCAAUAAAAUAUCACAAACUAGAAAAAAAAGCAUUUUUAAUUAUCAUGACAUUCUCAUGUUUUGCAAGUUCAUCAAAGAAAAUUGAUUAUUGAAAUUUCAUCAUAGGAAAAUUCAUAUGUAGGAAAGUUCAUAAGUAGGAAAAUGUAUCCGGAUUUAAUUUAUAUUUGUAAAUAGAAUGCCUUUUUAAUAAUAUUUAAAUUUUGCAUCAUUUCCAUAGGGGGUGAAAAGCAAAGAUUAAUAUUGCAUAUGUUACCAUUAUUUUGUCUCUACUAUAGUAGUAUUACCCAUGGAAUUUCUCAAUGGUUAUUCUACCUUCCAUAAGGGUCUUGUUACAAUAUAGCCCAGUAUAGCUUGUUUUUCACUUCAACUUCAACAUAGAGUUUUUUUUUAGCCACCACUUGUCUCAUUAGUAUGGCGUUGGUAUUGACAUCACAGAGUAAAUGUAUUGUGUCACUCCUUCUUUGUCUGCUUCUUUCUUUUUAGGGAAAAUAUUUUCACAUUCAAAUGUGUUCCAGUUCCAUUUAUUCUAAAGAAUGGGAUUAAGUGACGAAAUUUCUAGAAUUUUUGUACCGGUACAAGAAAAUCUCUGUGAUGAAUUUUGCAAUGAAUUUCGUAUGAGAAAUUUUUUGAAAACCCACUCUCAUAAUAUGUUUUAUAUGAAAUGCUCAGAUCCUUUCUGUUUAUUCUUCAGGCCAGUGUGCCCAGUACAUAGUGUGUGUAUAUCUUCUUUGGCUUGUGUUUCUUUUCAAUUUUUUACUUUUAUAUUGUAGAACAAAUAAUUCAUCUUAGCUCCUUUACCAAUGCUAUAUGUUAUGUUCUUCCAGGUGAAGUUAAAAGUAUUUGUAUGCAGUUUAUGGCAAGUCAUUUGAAAGAAAUGUCCCGUAAUCCAGCCUUUGAGACCCUUCCACCAAAUGUCAUUGUAAAAGUUGUACAAGAAGCCACAAUGAAUCUUAGCCUGGACUGAAAUUAAAGAUUUACUUCAUCAUCUUCAUCAGUCCCAUGUAAAAUACUUAAUGCAUUAUCCAUUUCAGUUGUAUUUUGAUAAAUAUGUCAUGUAUGAACAUGAACAAAUAAGUAGUUUUAUAGAUUUAAUAACAACAAAUUACAAGCUUAAGAAAUGAAGAAAUUGAACAACAAAAUUUAUACCAGUCUUGACUGGUCAUUUUUUUGAAUGCUGUAUUAAUCCAUGUUAUAUCAAGCUGUGCUUUAUUCACACAGUAUUAUAAAUGUUAAUAAGUACAAAAUGCUUUAUUUUAUGGUUACACUAGAUUUAAAAGUACAAAAAUGAGUUACAGAUUACUCAAAUUAUGGAUGAUUUUUUAAUAAUUUAAUUUUAAAUCCUUUGUUUCACACAAAAUAAGCUAAGUGGCUCCUUCUGAUUUUUUAUUAUAAUUUAUGAAAACUUAUUUUAUUUUAAUUAAGCUUUUGGAUUAAAAUCAAUGAUUUUAAAUGUCUGUUACGUAACUUUGAUUACUACUAGAGUUACAUUAUUUUUAAGGCCCCCAGUGCAGUGUCAGGUUAACUUGUAUUACUGCUAGGGGUAUGAUUAAGUCUCCUAAUUAAAUAUUCUAUACUAUACUAUCACCACACUCACCCUAACAUUCAAUGGCACUCUCUCACUUCGAUUAAAAUACUAUCAAUGACUAUAAGAACACAUGUGUUUCAGCCCACGAAUAAUAAAUAUUUAAUUGCAAGAAACAAAAGAACUAAAUGCAUACAUGUUAUUACAUAUAAUAGGCUUAUAAACAUAAAAAGAACAACUAGGUUUACUGUCUAAUACUAAUACUAAUUGCAAUGUACUAAGUUACGACUGACUGGUCAUCUUGUCCUCAGGUAAGACCCAAAUCACACACACACACAGCUGGACGGUAGUCUGUCUGUUUGCCCCCUCUCUCACUGGUCACUGCGCGGUCUGGGACGUAAUAGGUGUAGACUCUAACGGUGGGCACACACGGCCUGUGCUUCUGGCGGAAGUCUAGGGUUAUCUCGCGUAAGCCUAAUCUACACUUGAAUUCUUUAUAGAGGAUGUCAGCGUUAGUCUCGUCACUAGCCGACUGACUCCAACUCAACUCAACUGGUUUACAUAGACUCGACUCAUCUUUACUCAUCUAUACUAUACUGUAUACUGGCUAGAAUUAAGAAUAAUGAAUACAAGACAUGACUAAGAGAUUCGAAUCCCAUCAUCCAUCAUUAUAAGCUAGCUAACAAUACUAACAUUUCUUAAUCAAAUCUUACACAUGAAAAUUAAAGACAACUAACCGAGCCAAUUAAUGAAAAAUACUUUUGCACACUAAUCUAGCUAGCCAGGUUCUGCUGCCAAAUUACAAGUACAAAAGGCGGGUAGCGUCGUGCGCUCCCUUUUAUACUGUAUCGGUAGCGUCAGCGUGGGUACGCCUUGACCAGAACUCUCACUGUUUCAGGUUGUUCACGGUCAAGGUGACCAGGUUAAUUUCCAUUGUUAGUAAUGUCAGGCCCAGCCUAAUUGUGCAAUCUCACGUGUGGUAAGGAUGGAGAGAGUGUGAACCAGUGGGUCUCAAAAAGGUGAGAACCAGCGGGUCUCAACAAUGCCAAAUAUUAUUAUUGCAUGUCAGCACAGCUGCAAU